CAAUCCAAAAAGAUAUUUCAUUCAGGAAUCAAGUUGCUCCGCGAUAGUGAAAACAGCGUACUUGAUACCCUCUUCGUCCACGGCCUUAUUGGAGAUCGCGAGGGGACAUGGAAGAGAGACGGUGCCUCUGCUCCCUGGCCAGCGACCUUGCUUCCUUCCAAGGUUCGCAAUGCCCGUAUGCUGACGUUCGGGUAUGAUGCCUACGUCGCCGACUGGUGUGGCAUGGUUUCGAAGAACAGAAUCGGGAACCAUUCA